AUGCCUUUGAGACCACAGAUCGCAACAAAGUGUUAUUUUUGUAUGGUUUUACUAGCGACCGUAGUCAUAUUCACAGUGGAUAAUGCAGCGGCUAAACGUGGUUGUGCAAUGUUUGGCCAUUCCUGUUAUGGCGCCCAUGGUAAACGAUCUUUCCAAAUAUCAGGACCAGCUAGAGAUUGGCCAGCUACAAGACGUGAAGAAGAGAUCGACGACGCCAUAAAUAAGUAUUUAAAAAUAAAGCUAUCGUCACCGCACUUUACUCAAUCUCCAUUUUGGCAAAAAAUGGUGCAGAUGUACGAGCGCAAAAACAACCAUCCUAACAACGACAGCAACAUGUGA